CUUUAUUGGCAAUCCACAUGGUUUGCAAUGCGGCGCUGCUUACAUGCCAUGACUUUAGGUUUUCCAGCGUUUACAAAACGCCCACUGUCCUGAAACAAAUGGAGGAUUAGCCUACUGGAUAGACUAAUCUGUUGUAAAAAUUGCAUCAACAGUCUGAUGAAUGUGAGGCAUUCAAGGCAUGGCCUACUCUGCGGAGUGGUGGCAAAAAACAUCAGCGACGUCCACUGCACCCCACAGGGCUGCAGGAAGUGCUCCAACUGAACAUGUCACUCUGAGAUUAAGGGAUGAAGUUGAGGAGAGAAAAAGAGUCCAAAUCCGCCCCCCAAGCCCAAGGGUCCCGAGAGCAUCACCGGUUCUGCGCCGGAGCUUCUCUUGUGAGCCCAAGCCCAAACCAAUCAUUCGAAGACGAGAGCAUUCCUCACCUCCCGAGAGGAGGAGGAUGGCUCAGAGAGCGGGGGUGCGUUUUGUGGACUCUCGGGGUAUGCAGUUAGAGGAUGUGAAAGUUUUUAAAGCCAGCGAGGGUCCCCUUGUCCCAGACCAUGUGUUGUUCAGGAUACUGAUGAAUGCCGAAUUCUCAAGGGGAAGUAACCUGGAAAUCUCUUUGCCUUUGAUGAAGCCAGUGUUUCCUGAGCAACCAGGUGAUCAGCCUGGGUACGCAGAGCGCGUCUGUCGCCAGAGAGUGUGCCUGGAGAGAGUUCUGUGCUUUGAGGAUGGCAUCGUUGGCAUCGUGCAAGUCCUCAACCUGGCAUUUGAGAAAGAGGUUUGUGUGCGCUACUCCUUCACGGCCUGGAAGAGCUGCUCAGAAACACGGGCGUUCUGGGUGUCCCAUAAACAGCCAGGCUGGGACACUUUUCACUUUCACCUUCCAGUGCCCCCUUUCCUUCUCCAGCCUGGGGCCCUGCUUGAAUAUGCUGUGUGUUACAAAGUGCUGGGGACAGAGUUCUGGGACAACAAUGAGGGGCAGAACUAUAAGCUGGCCUGCCACAGUUACACGCUGACUGUACCCAAGGAGUGUGAGGAUAGCAUGAUACAUUUUAUCUAACGACAAACAGAAAACAAAGGACAUUCACACACUUAUAAAAGCUAUAGCCACAUCCUGAAAUGGAUGCACAUGCCAUAGAAAAGCACAGAUUUUUGACCCCAUACAGAAUUUUUUUAUGACCUAUUCUUUUCUGUGCUCUUUCAAACUUUAAUACAAAAUAUUUUUUUUUUAGAAUUUAUAAUUUGUUUAUCUGAAAAGUGUUCCUGCAGACAUAACUGUGCCACUUUAUUUUUUGUUACUAACAAAGCACGCUAGGAGAUGAAAUCUGGUUUGAAAACAGCUGUCACAAUUGUGAUGUUUGGUUUUAGUACAUGGUGAAGCAACUUUUAUGUAGUCAUUAACUCAUCACAAUGGGAAAUGUCAGAAUAAAGUGAAACCAGAGAGAUGGGGAAAAGUGG